GGCCGUGGCCUCGGAGCGGCUUGAGGCCGUGUCCUCGGGCCCCGGGACGGCGUGAGGCCGUGUCCUCGGGCCCCGGGACGGCGUGAGGCCGUGUCCUCGGGCCUCGGGACGGCUUCAGGCCGUGGCCUCGGGCCUCGGGACGGCGUGAGGCCGUGUCCUCGGGCCCCGGGACGGCGUGAGGCCGUGUCCUCGGGCCCCGGGACGGCUUCAGGCCGUGGCCUCGGGCCCCGGGACGGCUUCAGGCCGUGUCCUCGGGCCUCGGGACGGCGUGAGGCCGUGUCCUCGGGCCCCGGGACGGCUUGAGGCCGUGUCCUCGGGCCCCGGGACGGCGUGAGGCCGUGGCCUCGGGACGGAGCGGGGGGCGCCGGGAAGGGCCUGUAGGAGAGGAUCGGUCGUGGGCUCUGAGGGGCCAGGAAGGACCGGCCGGUUUCUGGCGCUGGAGCCUCAGAGUCGGGGUCUUCUGCGGGCAGCGGUGGCUGGAACCGGGCGGUUCGCUGUUGAGAGGUGUCCCUGAGCCCCUCUGGGCCCCUGGAUGAAGCUCCCACUUCUUGCCGUGUUUGCCCUGGUGUCUGUGGCUCACUGCGAGGAUGGUGCCAGACUCCUGGCCUCCAAAUCCCUGUUAAACAGAUACGCAGUGGAGGGCAAGGACUUGACUUUGCAGUACAACAUCUACAAUGUUGGCUCCAGGCCAACAUGUGUAUCCAUGGGAUGGUAUCUGAAGUUCAGCAAACUGACAAAUUGUAUUGUGGAAAAAAAAUGGUGUUUUUCCUGUCGUGGUUGUUUCUCUCAGCUUUGCCUUCCUCCCUCUGCAAUCUCCCUUGCUGCCCUGGAUGUGGAGCUGUCGGAUGAUUCCUUCCCCCCAGAAGAUUUUGGCAUCGUCUCUGGCAUGCUCAAUGUCAAGUGGGACAGGAUUGCUCCAGCGAGCAACGUGUCCCACACCGUGGUUCUACGGCCUCUCAAGGCUGGGUACUUCAACUUCACCUCUGCCACCAUCACGUACCUGGCUCAGGAGGGUGCCCAGGUGGUGGUUGGCUUCACUAGUGCUCCCGGACAGGGAGGAAUCCUGGCUCAGCGUGACUUCGACAGGAGGUUCUCCCCUCACUUUCUGGACUGGGCGGCAUUUGGCGUGAUGACCCUGCCCUCCAUCGGGAUCCCCCUGCUGCUCUGGUACUCGAGCAAGAGGAAGUACGACACCCCCAAGAGCAAAAAGAACUGAGCAGAGUCCAAUGCCAGCAGCAGCCCAGAGCUCGGGAAAGGACAACCCCAAACCCCCAAGAACAGCAGCUGGGUGGGGAUGGCACAGUCCCCUGCCAGGUGCUGCCUGCGCUGUGCUUCAGCCCUCUGGGCAAAGGAUUCGGUGGCUGCAGCAGCAGCUGUGAGGUGCCCUCUGUGUUCUAAUGGAGAAACAAGCAAACAGAAAAAAGAACAACCAGAAGUCCCAAACUGCCUUGUCCAGCCCCUUUGGAGGCGGAACCCCUCUCUCCUCUGCAGCUGCAGCAAUCUGAGGAGUGCAGCGUGUUAGUGCCUAGAGGGGCCUGUCUGUGGGGCUCUGCCCCUGUGCUGCCUCCAGCUCCCAUCUGCCUGCUGCAGUUUUCUGCAGAGUAUUGUUAAGAACAUGUUCAGUCUCCUGUGAAAAUGUAAAAAGUUGAAUAAAGGGCAAUAGGAGACAAGGACCAUAGAGCAAAGGUUGUUACGGCCGUGUGCAUGUUGGCACUCAGCCAAGAGCACACUGUCACCUUCAGGGACACCCCUUAAAUACCUUUUCCCUUGCCUCAACCUGUUCCAUAUUCAUAGACCCUUAUGCAUAUCCAUAUUUUCUUUUGCAUAUACAUAUUCCAUAAAUUAGUUUACACGGCUC